CUUUUCAGAAUUUAGAAACAUUAAAUUCUUCAAGUCCACUACAACCCACGCACGAUGCUGAACCUGCUAUCUGUUGGAAAGCUUUCCUAGAGGUUGUUGUAAUUUUCUUAGCCUUGUCCACCUAGCUGCCUGUGCUCAGACAUACUAGCCCAGCUAACUUCCUGACAGCCUGGCCUGCUCUGCAUCCCAGGCUCACACUGUCGGUCCUCACCCUAAGGCCUCAGGUGCCAGCUUCUUCCAACCUCCCAGACUAGUUGGCUUUUUUACUUUGUUUCCAUAGAACUUUUCCCUCACUUUCUAAUUGCAUGCUCUAUGAUGUGAUUUGUUUGAUUACUGUCUGUCCUCACCACACUGUUAAGUUUGAGAACACAAAUCUCUCUGCUCACUGUUGUAUCCAGCACUUAGCAAAAUGCCUAACUCUAUUUGUUGAGUGAUUGGAUUGUCAGUAACUUAUGAUAGUACUGAUAACUAAGUGGCAGCUAAAAAUGGGUGCUUUUCUAUGUGGACUUGUUUGGCAAUUUAAAUAGCUCUUUGAGCAAUAAAAUGUCCUUUACAGUGUCUGGAGAAAAUUAAGUGAUUCCUGGCAAGAUCUCCACUGUAAGAAGAUACUAAAUAUGGGUGAUGUUUCUGUCUCUAGGACCGCCUAUGGCUGUGUUAGCAGUAAGCGAAGCUCUCAGAAGGUGAAUACUUCUCCUUGCUCAUUUUUAAGCAGCUUUCAAAGCUGCUGUUGAUGAUGCCUGAAGCUGCUUUGGAGGCAGAAAACCAACAGUGAGAUCAAGAAUUGUAAGAAUUCAAGUGUAUAAAGAAAGGUUGCUGCUCAGUUCAAGUGUGUAAAGAAAGGCGCUUGAGAUGGUCCAGGAAGUUGGUGUGGGAGAACCAGGUUCUCUAAUGAUCUUGCUUCAUCAUGGCUACAAAUAUGGAGGGGCUGGUUCAUCACAGAGUGGGGACCCAGCAGGUGGCUGAGGUACCACGCACACAGACCUCUCGGCCGGAAUCUCCAGGGAUGACCAGCCCCUCCCCGCGCAUCCAGAUCAUCUCCACCGACUCCGCGGUAGCCUCUCCUCAGCGCAUUCAGAUUGUGACUGACCAGCAGACAGGACAGAAGAUCCAGAUAGUCACAGCAGUGGAUGCCUCUGGAUCCCCCAAACAGCAGUUCAUCCUGACCGGUCCGGAUGGAGCUGGAACCGGGAAGGUGAUCCUGGCUUCCCCAGAAACAUCCAGUGCCAAGCAGCUCAUAUUCACCACCUCUGACAACCUUGUGCCCGGCAGGAUUCAGAUCGUCACGGAUUCUGCCUCUGUGGAGCGGUUGCUGGGCAAGGCAGAUGUGCAGCGGCCCCAGGUGGUGGAGUACUGCGUGGUCUGUGGCGACAAAGCCUCUGGCCGUCACUAUGGGGCUGUCAGUUGUGAAGGUUGCAAAGGUUUUUUCAAAAGGAGCGUGAGGAAAAAUUUGACCUACAGCUGUCGGAGCAACCAAGACUGCAUCAUCAACAAGCAUCAUCGCAAUCGCUGUCAGUUCUGCCGGCUAAAAAAAUGCCUAGAGAUGGGCAUGAAGAUGGAAUCUGUGCAGAGUGAACGGAAGCCCUUUGAUGUGCAACGGGAGAAACCAAGCAAUUGUGCUGCUUCAACUGAGAAAAUCUAUAUCCGGAAGGACCUGAGAAGUCCCCUGAUAGCCACCCCCACAUUUGUAGCAGACAAAGAUGGAGCAAGACAAACAGGUCUUCUUGAUCCAGGGAUGCUUGUGAACAUCCAGCAGCCUUUGAUACGUGAGGAUGGCACGGUUGUCCUGGCCACAGACUCCAAGGCAGAAACAAGCCAGGGGGCUCUGGGCACACUGGCAAACGUUGUGACCUCCCUUGCUAACCUAAGUGAAUCCUUAAACAAUGGUGACACUUCAGAAAUCCAGCCAGAGGACCAGUCUGCAAAUGAGAUUACACGGGCAUUUGAUACCUUAGCUAAAGCACUUAAUACCACAGACAGCUCCUCGCCUCCAAGCCUGGCCGAUGGGGUAGACACCAGUGGCGGGGGGAGCAUCCACGUCAUCAGCCGAGACCAGUCAACACCCAUCAUUGAGGUGGAAGGCCCUCUCCUUUCAGACACACACGUCACAUUUAAGCUAACAAUGCCCAGCCCGAUGCCAGAGUACCUCAACGUACACUACAUCUGCGAGUCUGCGUCCCGCCUGCUCUUCCUCUCCAUGCACUGGGCCAGGUCAAUCCCAGCUUUUCAGGCACUUGGGCAGGACUGUAACACCAGCCUAGUGCGGGCCUGCUGGAACGAGCUAUUCACCCUGGGCCUGGCCCAGUGUGCCCAGGUCAUGAGCCUCUCCACCAUCCUGGCCGCCAUUGUCAACCACCUGCAGAACAGCAUCCAGGAAGAUAAGCUUUCUGGCGAGCGGAUAAAGCAGGUCAUGGAGCACAUCUGGAAGCUGCAGGAGUUCUGCAACAGCAUGGCGAGGCUGGAUAUAGACGGCUAUGAGUACGCAUACCUUAAAGCUAUAGUUCUCUUUAGCCCCGAUCAUCCAGGUUUGACCAGCACAAGCCAAAUUGAAAAAUUCCAAGAGAAGGCACAGAUGGAGUUGCAGGACUAUGUUCAGAAAACCUACUCGGAAGACACCUACCGAUUGGCCCGGAUUCUCGUCCGCCUGCCGGCACUCAGGCUCAUGAGCUCCAACAUAACAGAAGAACUUUUUUUUACUGGUCUCAUUGGCAAUGUUUCAAUAGACAGCAUAAUCCCCUAUAUCCUCAAGAUGGAGACCGCGGAAUACAACGGCCAGAUCACGGGAGCCGGCCUCUAGCGCAGCCCCGGCCCGCCACCAGGAGGUAGCAGACAUUCCCCGUGCUGGCCACCCCCCACCUGGUGACCCCAGACGACCACGACUGAGACUCGUAGGACCCUCCCUGCCUCAGAGACGUUCUCAUGCCUUUGGAUGAAGCAGACUUUGGAACAAUCUUUUAAAAACUCAAUUUGUAUUUAGGAAUUCUCAAAGGGCAAAAAACAAAAAAUGAAGUUUUAUAAUGUCAGAUUAGUAUUAAAGAAAACUAAAAGAAACUAAGAGAACAGUAUGUGUGUAAAUAUAUUAAAAAUGUCCUUGGAGCUAAUAGCUACUAAUUACCAGGGUAACAAUAUUAGCACUUUCUGAGCACUUCUUAUCCAUGUUAGCAGCAUCUUGCCUGUGGGCAGGGCAAGUGGAGACUGCAUGUUAGUGUUUUGCUGAAAUGCUAAGGAUUCUGUGACAACUGCCGAGGGUACAGGAGACAAUCAUUUCUGUGUAAGCGAAGGCAGCAUGAUUCCUGACUGUACGCACACAUCAGUGAUGUUGGGCUCAACUCCUGUGAAUGAAAAGGUGACUCUGGCAUCAUGUAUUAAGGGGGGUGGCACUAGUGCAGGUGGAGCACCCAAACUGGAAGCUCCCCACUGGAAGCUGGCACUUGUGGCACUUGCCACAGCCCCUGACCUGUCUAGGACUGGUGUGUGUGGGCUCCACCAUGCCUGGAGCCUUCUUCCUGUGGCUGCCUUCUGGGAUGAGACUGCCAGACAAGGCCCGCAGCGCCUCCAUGUCCAUGGCAGAUGGCAUCUGAGUAGAAAGCCUAAAUGGGCAUUUUGAACCCUCAACAGCACUUCUGACAGGACAGGUGACUCCAUGCUGUCCAGCCGGAAGGACAUGGCCUCUGGAG